CGGCGAUUUGUUCCAGAGAUUUUGAGCAGUUCCGGCCGGCAGCCAUUGGCGACUCGGACGGCACCCCACGAUGCAAUAGAGCCCACUGCUGCCGACAGAGACGACAAGACACACAGCGGCACAACCAUGUCGGCCCCGAACUGCCUGCGCUGCCUCGUGCGGCCAUCGGCAAGGGUUCCAGUCUCGGUGCCUCGAGCUCGCGCUCCCAUCGUUCCCAUCGCUUCCAUCGCUCCCAUCACCGCUCCCAUCGCCGCUCCCAUCGCCGCCUCCCGGCCCGCGCCCUUCUCGACGACCUCGGCGAAUGCGAAGCCAAAGCAGGCCCAGAACGAGCCCGCCUCCAAGAGGGCAGGCAAGAAGCUGCAGCUGGGCAAAUUCAAGAAAAAGGACCGCAUCGCCGAGAAAGGGAGACCGCCGUUGCCGGGCGAGCGCAAGGCCUACCGCAAGCGCAUCACUCUCAGCAAUGACAACGCCAUCCCCGUGCCGUGGCUGACCGACCUCGGCCCGGCCGACCUGGCCACCUCGGAGAACAUCGCCAAGGUCAUGGCCCUCCCCGAGGAGCUGCAGGAUCAGCUACGCGCCAGCGAGGCCUUCAAGCCGACACAGUGCUGGGGCAUGUUUAGGAAGCCGGCCGUCCUGGUGCGCAAGGAGACGGUCGACCUGACGAACCGGAUGCAGGAAGCCGCCGCCAACAGGCAGAUCCUGCGCCUGGUCGUGACGGGCGACAAGGUGGCCGGCAAGAGCUUGAUGCUGCUGCAGGCCAUGUCUCAUGCCUUCCUCAACGACUGGAUCGUCCUCCACUUCCCAGAAGCCCAAGAGCUCACCACCGCCUGCACCGAAUAUGCCCCAAUCCCGGGCACCGACCCGGUCCAGUACAUGCAACCCGUCUACGUCCUGAAGCUGAUCCAGGCCUUCCGGCGGGCCAACGAGAAGGUGCUCUCCAAGACGUACACCACGCAGGCGCACCCGCAGCUGCCGCAAAACAUCUCCGCCAACACGCCGUUGCUCACCCUCGCCAACCUGGCCAAGGAGCCCGACAACGCCUGGGCCGUCUUCCAGGCGCUCUGGAACGAGCUGACGGCCAGGGGCGCCAGCCGCCCGCCCAUCCUCAUCAGCCUGGACGGCCUCGCCCACGCCAUGAAGGUGUCGGACUACCGCUCCCCGUCCUUUGAGCUGAUCCACUCGCACGACCUGGCGCUCCUGCGCCUCUUCGCCAACGCCCUCGGCGGCGGCGCGCACUUCCCCGGCGGCGGCGCCGUCCUCGCCGCCACCAGCCGCAGCAACGCGCCCCGCGCCCCGAGCAUGGAGCUCGCCCUGGCCCAGCGCGAGGCCGAGCAGCGCCUCCGCGCCGACGUGCCGGGCGUCCGGGUGCCCCAGAAGGACCCCUACUUCCGCGGCUACGACGAGCGCGUCGAGGCCGUCCUGCGCUCCGUCCAGGUCCUCCGCCUCGGCGGCCUCGACAAGCUCGAGGCCCGCGCCCUGAUGGAGUACUGGGCCGCCAGCGGCAUGCUGCGCGCCACCGUCAACGAGCGCACCGUGACCGAGAAGUGGACCCUCGCCGGCCACGGCGUCGUCGGCGAGAUGGAACGGGCCGCGCUCCUGACGAUGCGCAUCUGAAGAGGAGGGGAAUGGGCGGCGACUACGCGCCACAACUGUGUAACUCUACCGAAGGGUGUUUUGUAUGUGGGUGUGUGUGCGUGUGUGUGCGUGUAUAGAGACGCUUAUGUAGAAAUCCAAAUCUGUAUUAUUUGUGAGAGGCAAGUCUGACCUCCACGUCCGUGGCGGCGCCGCUCUCGAACCAGGGGGCUGGAAGUCUAGGGAGAGAGAGGAAGAGAGAGAGAGAGAGAGAGAGAGA